AUGUGCACCAAUGUGGAAGGAUCAUUUCAAUGUUCAUGCAUACCGGGAUUUGAGGGAGAUGGCAAAACAUGCAUUGGUAGGUUUAAAAAAUAUAUUGAAUUUAAAAAAAAAAACUUUCCCCUAAAGAUGAUGGUUUACUAUUUUUUUUUCAUUAUUUAAUUAUUUUUUUUGAAGUUUUUGUUCAUUCUUGAUUAAACACGGCGAGUGAACGUUGGACAAAACAAGUUGUAAUGCAUUAUGACAUUUAUGCAUAAUUUAUAACACCUGCACUAGCUCCUUGAAUGUCCUGAAUUGCUAGUAUUUUCCGCAUUAAAGUCAUGAAUGAAAGUCAAGACAGCGAGUGGACUCUAAAGCAAAAGCUUCUAUGAGCAUGGAAAACCAUAAUAUAAAGUAAGCGUAACUGACAAAAUAUUCUUCUCCAACAUGUUCCUAUAAGCGCAAUGCUCUAACAUAAGUAAGUACUGAGAUUACUAAUUUAGAAUGCGGCUACAGUGCUCGCCACAUGCAUUCCAGCAAUGGUUCAAUUUCUAAGUAAUGGUUUCAGAGAGAAAAUGCUCGUGUUUUAUUGAUGGUCUUUAGUAGAUUUACCUUUAUCAACUUCUAUAGAUAUCGAUGAGUGCAUAUCACAACCUCACGACUGUUCUCCAGAUGGCAUUUGCACCAAUUUGGAAGGAUCAUUUCAAUGUUCAUGUCCAUCAGGUCUUACAGGAGAUGGGAAAAACUGUUAUGGUAGGUUAGACAAAAGAAAAGCAUUUCAUAGAAAUCAGACCUUUCUUUUACAAGUAACUAAAGUUUCCUUGUCGGUGCCUUUAAGUAGUAGCAGCCUCGCUUGUGCGCAAAUUGUCAAAAUUACUAUAUUGUCAAAUGAUUAGACAUUUUUGCUGCAAAAUUGCUGCUGUGAAAAUGGUUUCGAGCCAAAGGUUCGGGGUAAAAUUAAGGAAAGUGGAGAAAUCUUCGACUUCAGUUUUCUCCAGUGUUUACCCAAAACAUAAGAAUGGAGGAGAUAUUACAAAGUACUGAAAUUAAAUGGCGAUUUCCAAUACACCAAUUUCGUUACAUGUAUAAUGAAAUUCAAACUGGUUUCCCAGGCUCUGCAAGAAAAAUAAAGCAGAAAAAAGUAUAUAUAUAUAUAUUAUUCAUCAGUCAACCUCGUGGUUAUGUUUUAUGUCUCCGGUCCCGUAAGUCUCGGAGCCAAGAGAAACAUUUGAUAUAUUUGAUACUGCCGAUGAAUUUAUGGCAUUUAUCACUGAUGGAAUGUAUAUCACAGAUUUUGAUUAACAAGACAAGCGUCUGAUUUUGCUUUCCUAAAAUAAAUGUACUGUAACUAUAACUGUAACUGUACCUAUAUUUUCCCAUACAGUUUGUUUGUCACUGUUGUCCAUAGAAAUAUGAAUGAAAUAAUGAUGAUAAUAAUAAUUAUAAUUAUAAUUCUUAUUAUUAUUAUUAUUAUUAUUAUUAUUUUUAUUAUUAUUCCCAUUUCCUGGAAACUGUCUUCAAAUUAUAUCAGGAUAAGAAUUUCAACAAACAUUGACUGCUUAUUUGUGUUAAUCAAAAAAAAAGUUUUUUUUUCUUUUGCCGAAUAAACUAAACUUUUGCCAAUCAAAAAAAAAAAAAAAAAAUAUGUGAAUCAAACGUGAAAUUGGGGUGUUUUUUUGUUUGUUUGUUCAAUUAACCCUUAUUUUUUUUAUUUGUGUGGGUGUUUUUUUUCAUAGCGAAUUAUAUGCAUGGCAUUCACUUUUCAGACCGAAACCAUUAUUCUUGAAUAAUUAACAAAUUUCCUGUCAUCUAUAGAUGUUGAUGAAUGUGCAGAUAAUUCCGACAACUGCCACUCUGAUGCGAACUGUAUCAACACUGUUGGUGAAUUUAAGUGUCAGUGUAAAUCAGGUUUCACGGGAAAUGGUACAAGCUGUUCAUGUAAGAAAUAAACAUUGUCGGUGUUGCAUCAUAGUUUUCAGUUGACUCCCGAACUCGAACUCUCGCUAACUCAAACCCCGGGCUAACUCGAACCAAAGUCGAUUUCCCUUGGAUUCCCUUCCUACAUUUACUGUAAUUUUACCCUCGGUAACUUGAACCCUCAUUAACUCGAACCUCCCGCUAACUCGAAGCUAAGUUUAAAGGGAGUGACAAUUCAACAACAAAAACAUUGUACCGAAGUCCGAAACACUAAAAACAAAACAACUGUGUCAAUUCUUUGUACUUCCUUUUAUGUCACUCCAGUUCAAAUUAAGUGUCCAUGGCUUUAAAUUGUAUAAUUAAUCAAGCUUUCUCGUUUAUUUUUUUUUUUUUCAGUAAGUAUCAAUCUAUCUCUCUUGCUCCCCUUGAAGUGAAGUGUGGAGGAUACUUGCGUUCGCUCACUAUCCAUUUGCUUAUUUCCUUAAUUAUAUUAUUUCCGGUCACUUGCCCCAAACUUCAGAUAACUCGAACCUUUUUCGAUUUCCCUAGAAGGUUCGAGUUAUUGGGAGUCCACUGUACUUAUAAUUAGGGAAGGACCUUUAGAAAAGUUUAAGGAGGUGGUGAGUUUAAGCUCAAAGGGAUGAAAAUUGCAGAACUAGUUUAAAAGAGACCGACCUUUUGCUUGUAGACGGGGCGUGUAAGGAUUUUUUUUUUGUUUUCUCUCCCCUUUACCCUUCUAAUGGCCCUUUCCUUAUUACAAAACGGCCAUCUUGAGGACAGGUAGAGAUAAACGCCGUUGCGGAGAGAUAUUUAAAGCCAAUUUACUUGAAAUGAUACACAAAAAUUUACGGUGACGGUCAAUGAUAAACUUGGUGUACAUUGACUGUGUUUGGUCAUAACACAAUAAACAUUUUUGAAAAUUUUCAGUUGUUCAUGGUCUUAUCAGUUUUAGAGUAAACGCUUUAAACGUACGGAUAAUAAAAUCAAUUAUGGUCAUCCUAUAAAAGUGUAAUCAUUCUUCAUUUUACAGAAUACCAGAAAAUACGGAAACUUCGAUUUCAAAAAUGCUUGAACUUCUAUGGAAAAGGAAAAUUGACAAGCAAAAAGAAAAAAAGACUGCGACAAAUUAAAUUCCGAGAGAAAUGAACAUUACUGCAAAUUCACUUUAUUCACUUUUGGAAUGCGUUCGAUUGAUCGUAUCCCGGAAUAACAUUACGCAGAAGUCCUGUUUAAAAUUAAUAUGUUGUACCGAGAUGUUUUAAGCAGAUUUUUAGCUAUUGCAAAGCUAUAAACACUAAAAUGAGUGAAUUCUAGAAUGUGUUUAUUUUAUUCUUAUUCCAGAAUACGUUGGCCACGUUGGGAGUUGUAAUAAUAUAGUUAGUUGACAUACAAUAACAUAGCUAUUAAACGUCGUUUUUGCCGCUCAUACGAUAAAAUACAUAUAUAUAUUUUUAGUUUCCUGUUUCGACAAUCCCAUUGGUGUUGCUGAUUCUAGUAUUAUCCCUGACAAUCAGAUGACAGCAAGUACAACAUAUAAACGCUACCUUGCCUAUCACGGUCGACUACAUUACGGAAACAGUGCCUGGUGUGCAGAAGAGUCCGACGAUGACGAUUGGUUUCAAAUUGAUCUGGGAACAACAUAUCAAAUAUGUGGUGCUGCUACCCAAGGAAAUGGAGAUCCGUCCCAAAACGAGUACGUAACGAAAUUUAUGCUGUCGUACUCCUACGAUGGAAGCAGCAGCUGGUCUAAGUAUACGAGUACUGGAGGCUCAAAAAAGGUAGGUAAAAAGGGUGUUAGUUUCUAGAUGUAUGACUACUGCUAUUACUACCUAAGGCUGGCUAUGGGCAGUAGGUGAAUCUUGUCUCUUGCUUUUAGAGAAAACUGGCUUAACUUAUCUGCAAGGGAUUCCCCCCUUCCUAAGUCCCGCGAAAAAAGGAAAGGGUCGACUUGCCAGUUGCACGUUUACAACUAUUGAAGUCAGAUGUGUAUGUAUAAUACACUCAGGAACAUUGUAUGACAGAGCUCGUUUAAUCUCCGCCCCAUAAAACGUUGAAAAAGAGGGCAAUUUUCGGCCAUCUUGGCAAUGUUCGACCACAGUAAAGCAUUUGUCAUAAUAGCUACUGUUUAACAAAUCCUCUUAAUGAUGUUCAACUGGUUAAGCUUUUUCUGCCAAGGUGGCUGAAUUACGCUAAAUCUGGACACUUUGCGUUAAUUGCAGGAAUUUCGCAGGAAUGGUGACAAAAACACAGUUGAUGAACACCCUUUGCCAUCGCCACUGUCCACACGAUACAUCCGCUUUUAUCCAACGGAUCAAGUUGAGUGGAACUGCUUGAGAGUGGAGCUGUACGGUACCAAAGCACUCCUUCAAAAUGAUCUUAGCUUAGCUAACUAACGGAGGACUUACACGUAUAUAGAACAGCCUUGCCCAGGGAGAGAGUAUCCUGGGAAUCAGUUCGGCAUUAGUAUCUACUUUUACAACAACACUGCUUAAGAGCGACAGUCGGGAAAAAUCGAGCAAAAUCUUGAUUUCGUAGCAAGAUUCGAAAAAUCAAUUUCUUUCAUUUUUUUGUCCAUAGAUAGCUUUGAGGUAGAUAAGAAACCUGAUAAAGAUUGUUCCGGCCGUAGGUCUUUUAUUUGUGAGAACAAUUACAUCGGUUUUCGAUGUCGGAGUCGCGGACUGCCCUAAUUUUAAACAUGAAAUUCGCGGUAUAGUAACAUCAAGUUUCCUCGCGUUUGCAAACGAAGCCGCAUGGAGAAAUUUGGACACUUUCUAUGGACAGAAACAUUAUUUUUCUGUCACUAGAACAUACGUUUAGGGCAAUAGCGAGGCUCGUCGCUCUGAAAUAAUUCAAUAAAGUAGAAUAGGUUUUCAGGAUAACAAAAACUUAAGUUCGGUGGUUUAACUCCAAAUUUCUUCAUGCUACUUGCAAAAUCAAACAGGCAUUUAUUCAAAACAUACCUGGGAAUUGGCUCGCCUUGGGUUAUUGAAAGAAAUAUCUGUAAACACCAUCGAAGUUCAGGAAUUCAUGGUAGGCCAGCGAUAAUUGUGUCAGCACUUCCAAUCUCAAAACGCAAAAAAAGUAGGUAUCACGGGGGUCGGUUGCUAGGGCUUUUGCUCCCACACCUCUCAAAACGGAGAGUUUUAGUCCAAUCCAGAAGUAGAAUGCAUCAAAUGUAACGAAACUUGGCAGGGAAGUAGGUCGAUAAAUUCAAAUUUCCCGCCAAAUGACCAUGUAUGGUCAAACUUUAGGGGUAUUUAAACGCGAAAACAAUGAAUGUAGUCGCAACGAGAAAAGACAAUUUUGCAUAAAAACAAAAUUGUAGUUUUUUCAAUUUAGGAUGUGUGGUCUAUGACGCGUAUUUCGUCACAAAUUUCGUCAUUUUUACGUCUUAAUGAAGUAAUUUGUGACGAAAUACGCGUCAUAGUAUCACAUAUGCCGAAUAAAAAAACAAACUACAGUUUUGACUUUAUGCAGCUUUGUCUUUAAUCCGUUGCAAAUACAUUCAUUGUUUUCGCGUUAAAAAAACCCUGUGAUAUGUUUGAAUAUGUUUGAAUAUGUAGAUUUUCUUCAUUUUGAUUUCAGAGGAAUUUGAGGCACUAAUAUAUAGACUUAGCCAGGGUUAAGGCGAGGCUCCAUUAAUAAGUUUAUAAUUUAAAUCAAACAAUAAACCUGUAUUCCACAAUUCAGUUAACUAAUUUAAAGCACAUAUGGCGGAGACUUUAAACCAAAUAUGGCGGAGAACGCAGAUAUGGAGGGACGAUGAGUUUUUACUCGGUUUUGAGUUUUCUUGCGUCCAAACAUCUGUAGAAGGACUAAAUGUAAUAAACGACCCUAAAUGUAAUAAAGUCCUUAAUGUAACAUCAUUUUGUCCUAAAUAUAAUGAACUGUUAAGUUGCAAAUUACAGUAAUUACUCAAGUAAGCGCCGCAAAAGGGGGUUUAAUAACCGCCGCGGCGCCUGUUCGCGUACAUACGGUACUAAGAGGUAUUACUAUGUGCUGCCCUAAAAUAAGCGCCACAUCUUUGGAGAAAAAAAAAUAAGCUUCGGUACAUUUUCUUAUGCACUGUAAACUUGAUGUUUACAAAAAAAUUGCUUGUAAAAAGGGACAAAAUAAAAAAAAAAACUUGUAAGCCUUAAAAAGUUUUUCAUACUUCAUUUUUGUUAGAGAAAUUUACUACAAAACCUGUGGACGAAGAUCCUGUUGCUUGUCAACGUUGGAUCUCUAGAAAACAGAUCUCAUCAGCUAAAAUAUUAAGAACAAAAAACGAUCUCUAAGGGCCUGUUUACAUGGAGGUGGGGGACCCCAGGUAGGUGAGGUAACCCGGGUAAUCCGCCUGUCCACACAAUCUCUUAUUUUACUUUAUCUCACCUCACCUAUCUGGGGUCCCCCACCUCCAUGUAAACAGGCCCUAAAGAUCACCGUCGAUUAAUUGGGCCUGGAAAAAAAAAAUUAGGCCGAAUUUUUUGCGUUCGACAAGUUUACUUUACAAAAUCUUGCCAACAAAUUUGGGUGCGUGUAAACCAACCUUUUAUACCAUUUAUACAUCACAUCUGAGGUGAAACAGUACUAUGAGGCACUGUUUUUUAUCAUACAGACCUUGGAAAGAAUGCAGUAUUUCACAAUUUUGCAGUACAAAUUGCACUCCGUGUUCAAUAUUCAGGCGAUCGAAGCACCCGUGGGCUUUAGCAAAACUGUUAAAGCAAUAGACCUCGUCACUGUUUUCGACGCCAUCUUGACGAGUUGACAAACGUGUGAUAAAUUACAGUGAUUGUAUGAGAAUAUAAUGUCGAAUAAUUUCCGUAGAACGGCUGUUCUGAAAAAAUAUGAUUUGUAAACUAAAGCUUCACUCCUAAGGAUUCUCCUGAAAAAAUUUGAGGGCGUUACAUGCACUAAAAGACCUAGAACCACUUUUUAAAAUUGUCUAUACAUUUGUCUGUAAGAAAGUCCCGGGAAAAUUACAGACAAAUAUAUGGAAAAUCUAAAGCAAGCCUUUGGAGAAAUUUAAGCACAGGUACGCCCCCAUAUUUUUUAGGACAAUCCUUAGCCUGCGUAGCAAGCGUUUCCGUGCUGUUUCGAGAGUCAAAGGCCGCGCAACAAAGACAUAGUAAUCAAACCUUUCUUUGUAGCAAUCGGCUGGAGCUAUAUCCAUGAACUUUUCACACACGUUUUUAGAAAGAUUGAAACUACUAUGAGGUGAAAUUGCAUGUCAAAAGCGCUACGUCUUCUGCAGAUAACGGCCAAACAUCAAGAUUGUCCAUUUUUACUGUGUUUCUAACCAUAAAACCUUCAUCCAAAAUAUCUCGAUAACGCUCCUACAGAUUUCGCUUAAACUUCAGGAACAUCGAGGCCGCUAUUGGAGGAUAAAGCUCCCGUGAACGAUUUUGAAAGAACAGUUCCCAGUGCCGAGAAAUACUGCUGCAAGUACAAUAGGUUAAAACUUCAUUUCGUUGCUAUGACAACUCCGAUGUGAUUGCAACCCUGAUCCGAACAAAUUUUCAUCUUUAUCCAAUACUACUGUGGUGGCAGUUUUUCCAAAUCUUUAUUUAUGGCGACGUACUUUAUGCCCAGACUUGGGAGGUAUUGACACCUUAAUGUAAAUAAAAGUCACUGGACCAGUUAGUUUCAUCCAUUUUUCUUUUCCAGUUGAAGCUGGCAUCUUACCUGGACACUAUUUUGCCACUGAUUUUGAUUGAUUAUCAUGUGCUAUGUGGUCAAAUUUCACCUGCUAGUGAUAUUUGCUAAUUGAUUUUCAUUGGUUCUUUAACUGUCCGAUUUGACCUGUGUUGUCAUAAGCUCCUGGUGAACGGACAGGUCAAAUCGGACAGUUUUGGAGUUACAGUAGCAAAAUUAAGCUACAAAUAUGGGCAGUUAAGAACCAGUCAGAUUCAAGAAUUUUGUUAUUGACACAAUCAUAAGGAAUAAGAGUACAGUGCAACAACGAUAGUUUUUUAUCUUUUUUUUUUUUUACCCGUUAAUCAAAAAGACAGGCUUGAAAUGAACCUUUACAAAUUGAUGAGCCUUUACAAAGGCUUCGCGUAUCUCUUCUACCUCGAAUCUCUCAGAGUAGUGCAUGACAUGGUGAUCAUGCACUGCGAGGUCAGAUUAUCGCUCCACUGUUGACCUAGAGCAGGUUUUGAUUCUUUUCAUCAGUAAAAAAACGCUCAGCUUCUGCGCUUGUGAUCAGUAGGGUACAGGCAACGACGAGAAGGUGAUAGAUGUUGGGAAAGCAUUUUCAUCGCAAACGCCAAGUGCUAAAAUAAAAGGUUGUUUGGAAGCUCCCUAUCUGUUGACAACCAGAAAUGGAAUGUCUUUCUCCCAGAACAGUAUGCAUUUUACUUCAUCCGACCCAGCUGCAGUGCCUUAUUUACUAAAAUCGAUGGCACGAGACAAAGAAGAAUCGAUCUUGCAUUCGGAUAAUUGAGGAGUCAAGAAGGGGAAUAGCUACAGUCUUCUUGUAAUGAUCGAUUGGACUGGAACUUAUAUUAUAACUUAUGAUAUCAUUUUUGAUAUCGAAAACUUCCCAAAGGAGGGUUACAACCCCCUCAAACCUAACUAAACAGAGAUGGAAUGACAAAUAAUCGUGAGGCUUGUGAUGGUAAUCGGUUAUGUAAAACGGAAUGUCCGUAGGAAAACUGAGCAGAGCACAUUGAGGAUGGAAAGACGAAAACUAUCCUAGAAAUUCAAGGAGUUCAAUAAGCUACUCUUAAUCCGAGAGGCCAGCACCUGACAGUCCAUCAUGAGCCACAUUCAGGCCACUUCUCAGUCAAGGCCCAGGCCCAGUUGUUCUAAGGUUUAUUAGAACCCACACGGGGAUAAAUUUUUAAAUAAUUUGGUUUCCUUUUUCAUUCGUUCAAAAAGAUUUUCACACUUAAUGUGCUCUUCUUUUUAGAGCAUCCAAUCAUCAAAUUGCAGACAAAAAGAACUUUUAAAGUGAAUUUGUUUAUAAGAUUUCCUAUCUCAACUCAACGUUUUCAUAAACCAGCAUUACACAACCUGGCCUGACCUUGUUUAUAUGAAUUCAUAUGAAUUUAAUGAGAAAGAGAGUGGAGAUAAUAGAAAAGUAUAUGUUAUUAGUAGUAUGAGGCUACCUUCCACAGAAGAUAAUCAACUGUGGCAUUUUUUUGUCUUAAUAGGGUAGCUUAAUUUAUCAUAUACAUCCAGGGUGCAAAGAAAGUCAGUUUUAUAGCCUGCCAUUCUGGCAAGCUGUAGCUACCCCGUACUAGCCCACAAGUCAUUUCAACUAGCCCCAAAACCCUUUUUGAUUAGCAGGAUUGAUUACAAUCCUUCGGUAAUUUGAAUUUCUCCAAAAAACAGCACUUGCCCAUCAGGCAAGUUAAGAACAAAAAUCACUAGCCCAAUAGCAAAAUCCACUAGCCCCGGGCUAUCGGACACAACUUUCCUUGCAGGCUGACAUCACAUAAAAGUACCAACUUUGCUUUUCAAAGACAAAAGAAAACUUUUCAAUGACUCUUUCGAAGAUGUGAAGCCAAAAGAAAAUCAGGCUUAGGUUUACCUUCUUGUUUAUUUGCAAUGUUCAUUUAAGAAAUCUUUGACCAGAGGAAAAGUUGUGAUAAUCAAAAAGUUGGUUAAUUGAGGUCCAGAUAAUCAAGGUUUAACUGUUGGCUUAAAUGUCCAAAGUCCAUUAUUUGUUUAUAGAUUUUAAUAACAGAACAUGUUAUGGAUUUUCUAAGAGCUUAUAUAAAUGUAACUUGGAAUAUUUGGUUAACUGUGCAAACAUUGAAGAGUGCAAAUGGUAUAGUCUUUGAUUACUUUGCAAAUUCUCAAGCUAUCAAUAAGAUGCGUGUACAAAAAUAUAUUAUGAUAUGUGAAAUUUUUGCUGUUUACCAAAUUCUAGUCAAGUCUUUGUAGCAUUAUUGAUUAAUGACAAAUGUACAUUAAACCCUCUGGCAGUCACUCCAGAAGUCAGCUAUUUCAUUAGUUUUGUUACCUUUGGCAAGUAUCAAUAGCCCACCAAACAAACCUUGGCAAUUGUGAGGCAUUUGCUUUUUGUCAUUGGUAUUUCCUAAAGUGCAUUUAGAUAUAUUUUUAAUAUAAGAAAUAAGAAUAUUUUGUCUGGACAGUCAACUCUCUUUAAGAUGGACACCUUUGGGACCAGCACUACUGAUUCAGUAUAUCCGUCUUAAAGAGAUCCAAAUAGAGUGAGUUAUAAAGAGAAACAGGGACCAUCUCAAGGUGUCCACUUAGCAAAGGUGUUUUUAAUAGCUAUUAUUUAAAAUUACAUACUCUAAUAACAGUGGAACUAAUUGCAAUGAAGAUUGUUAUCUUUCCUGUGGUAAUUAACUAAAGAUACACUUUGUUGGAUGUUGUACCAAUGGUACCUGAAGGGAAAGUUUUAUUUAAUGGUUAAUUUUUACUGGGUAUGUGCUGCUGGCCUCUCAGUAUCCCUAUCCCAUUACUGUAUACCCAUAGUCUACUCUGUGGCCGUAUUAUAGACCCCAUUUCAGUCACUUUGGAAAAAAAGUGAUUUUUGCAAUCCCAGCUUGGUCACUUUCUGUUUAUUUAUCUACCUAAUAAAGUCUUUUGACAUGGUCAUCCUGAAAUGAACUGACACUUGUGUUACAGUUAAUUGUAAGAUCAGGACAAGCUUUGUGAAAUAAAUGAGAAUUGUCAGUUAAAAUUCUUGAGUCAUUUUUCUUUAAAUAUUGUAAUCACCUUGCACCCUUUACAGUGGAACUCUGAUAUUUAAGAAGUUUUAAGGAACGAAGUGCAAUGAAGAUUGUUACUGUUUUAGCAGUGUCUUCGUUAUAUCAGGGUUUCAGCAAGGGUUUUGAUAAAUGAGGGGGAAAGGGAUCGAACUGAUGGUCUUUCAACCUGUCCUAGUUAAGUUGAAUGAACUUCUGCAGCAUUAGUCCACUUUAAAGAAAGGUUGAAAGCUAGUGUUAAGUGCAAAUUGCAAGAAGCAAUAAAGGGGUAGAUGCCAGGGAAGAAAAGAGAGAAGGGUAGUACGUACGUACUGGCCUGGCACGCUCACUGUACAAUAUAAAAUUUGCUCUAUAUUUGUCCAUACAAAUAUGUUAUUUGACAAAGUUUGAACACAUUUGAACACAUUUGUUUGCAGUUUGGCUCAUUUAUCUGUAUUUGUCACAAAGCAAAUGUUAAAUUUGUCCUACAUUUACACAGCAUUUGUUCACAUUUGUCUUAGAUAGCAAAUGCAUCAUUAUCCUAUUUGUCUUAAAGACAAAUGUCUAAUUUGCGCUUUGCACAAAUGUGAACAAAUAUGACAAAUUUUAUAUUUAGACCACAUUUGUCCCACAUUUAUCUCAUUUCAAAUCUGUUUUUUCAUCCAGUGUAAACAAAGGACUUGAGACCUCAUCUUCGCCGGGGUAUAAGCAUACUAGAGAAUGUCUUGUGUCUACCAUGUCGAGUUUCCUCGCAUUUUAAAAGAACUAGAGAGACUGUUCAGUUCCUCAGCGGGGAUUGUAUUUUUUUUCUUUCACGAUUUUCGCCAUCACCAUCUUUAUCACACAACUUCACGUCUGUUUUCAACAUCUCUGUUGUAUCGCUAGCAUAAAGUUUGUAUGCUGUAUCUAUAAUAAAUGUGGACAUUUCAUUGUUGUCCAGACGACUUUAAAUUUGAGCGUCUCUCCCCAGUCUCGCUCUCUGUUUUCAGCCUCGUUCCAGACCUUUUGUUUGACUGCUCACGCUCAGUUGAAUACGCAAAAAUACGGAAUGUUCUGCAGUCUUUUUGUAAUUUGUACUCUACUGAGUGCACUCCGUAGUAGAAAUAAUAAAGUGUAUUACAGUACAGUGCAGUGCAAUGCAGUGCUUUACAGUAUUGUAACAAUGCACUGAGCAAUGCAGUGCAGUACGUUAAAGUAAAGUACAGUACAUACAGUACAGUACAUUGCAGUGCAGCGUAGUGUAGUGUAGUACAGUACAGUUCUAUACAGCACAGUCGUUUCAUUAACUCUCCGAAAGUGCUUUUCAGAGUUAAUUUACAAUUAAUGAAUAAAAAGGAAAUUAAAAAUAACUUAAUAUAUAUUAGUUUAUAGCAUGUAAAUAUCUUAAUUAAAAGAUAUAAUUAUUCGUAUUUAUAUAUGUAUCCCACAACAAUAUCAAAACUUAUCUUAGAGAAAAAAUUCAAGAUUAGACUCAUAGUUUGGUAGAUGAUUCGCUUAAACUGGCUAGUGAUUCACCGUUGGCUGACUACUAAAUUUAAACUAGCCGUUUACGAAUCGAACAUAUCCGUUUCAACUCGACUUUUCACACUCUACAUCGAUAGUCAAAAUACACUACAGUAAAAUUGUUGACUUCUUGAGCAAAAAAAAAAAGACAAAAUAAAAAAAAAAGUUAUUAAUUUAUUAUUAAAAAAACUUAUUAUUAUUAUUAUUAUUAUUAUUUUAUUAUUAUUCAUUAUUAUUGUAUUAUUUAAAAAACGUUAUUAAUUUUCAUUUGAUUAUAACCCUCACUCGUCACAUGUUGGCUUCGUUUAAUUUAUCACUCAAUUCAGUGUAGAAGAAUUAGAGGUGAUAACGACAAAAUUAUAUAAAAUCCUGGGUAUAUUCUAAGAGGCUAAAAGGUUAAAAGGAAAGAAACCGACGAUGCUAAUGAACUCAUCUUCAGGCCAAAGGACCGCCCGCUAAGCGAACAAUUAUAUAUUUCGUUUUAAUUAUAAUAUUUUUUUUUUCUUAGGUGAUUUUCGAAGUUAAAACAAGCCUAGUCUUGCUAUUUAAAAAUAAAAUAGUUUGCACAGUGUCGUACAAGAAGUGUUCGCCAACUAAAAUAGGGUCGGAUUACCAUGAAAGUGACGGGCAGCUUCUAAUCAUUAUACAAGGAUUUGAGUGUUUAUUUAUUGGCACAUCCGCAUCUCAUGCUCCCACCGAUGUAAUUAUCACCGAUUUUUAAAUGCCUUUGUCUUUUAAGACUGAAGAGGCAUUUUUGUCACAAUACUCAAGUUUCACAUGUGCAGAAUUAUUGAAGGUUUCAUUAUCCAACAAUAGGGACGCUGAUUGAACGAAAACGUUUAUUUUACAUACAGAAACUGUUCCCAUCGCAAAUUUCCUGAAACAUCUUACGUACAAAAUCUCCAGUUUUGAAAUUAAUUUGAAGGAUAGGAUUCAUCCUUUUGAUAAACAUAGUGCAUUCUAAUUUGACGUUUCUUAACAUUGCUUUCUUGGUAAACAAUUUAUAGCAGCAGUAACCCAACUCGUAUUUCUCUUCUUAUUCAAAUUAAGGUUUCUAAAAAAGGUUUAUUACACGAGAAAUAAUACUAAUUAAGACGUCUGCAAUCGUAGUCAAAUACAACGAUCCCACUCAAAUAGCCUAUUGACCAACACGCCGUGUUUGCUUCUGGAUCAAUUAUCACGUCGUUUUACAGAGGGUUUGAAGAUGAAAAUAGCUUUUUCAUAAUGAAGCCCAUAACAGGUUUAUUAUUUGUAUAUCUGAGAAUGCUUCUCAAUGUUGAAGCAGAAAAAGGCACAAGAAUCGAAAGACGUUCCACACUGGGAGCCAUUAUAACAAAGAAAGGGUUCAUUUUAAAGGGUUUCUCUUUUAAGCGAGCGAGAGUAUCGAGCUUUACCUCAUGUGGCCAGGUUUGUCUUAAAGAUCCGAGGUGCAUUUCCACAAACUUUAACUUUCUAAUUGAAGACACAAGGUAUGGUUGUGAGUUAAACAACGCUGGUCUUCAAGAAGGCGUCACCUUGGUACUGCAUAAAGGGGUGGUGUUUUCACAGUAUGCUUACAAAAAGGUAAUCUUACAUACAUUACAUGUCCUUGAUAACGAAGAAAAACAUAAGAGAAAAUAAUAACGAAAAUUUAUAUCGGUUUAAAUCACACUUAUUACAUCUGAAGAAAUGCAUUCUAAGGCGCGCUGUAAAAUUUCUAUCUAUUCGGUCAUCUUAGGGCAACUUGAGCCUUUUCGAAAUUACAAGGGCUUCGAGUAUGAUUUUCUCGAAAUUUUAGAUGCAAUUUAACGUUUAACGAAAGGGAUAAUUUUUCUGAUUCCUCUCUAAAUGACAUUUUCGAAUCCGAAAAGUUAAGGUUUCGUUUUUCUGCGAAAAUAGCCUUACCUGGGCAGUGAAAUAUGAAAAAUUAAGCUUCAGAAAAUCGUAAGGAAUUUAUUAGACAAGCUUCGAAAAUUUUAAAUGAAUGGAACGGUCAUCCAGAAAUUUUUAGCCUUCCUCAAGCUAUGAAAGUUCUUGGGAAUUUUUGCUUCUCCGAACAGAUAUUUUACAAAACACAGUCGUUAGGUACCCCUGGUUAAUGCGGACGACGGACACUUUUUCCUGUCCCAAUCAACAGAUUCUUAUAGAAAGUCAACCUCGUUAAUGCGGACACUUAAUUAUAAAGUGUGUACGUUUCUAUUGUUUGCGCCCGCAAGAACGAAAUGGUUAGGAUGACGUAAAGACAGAAAAUCCCGAAGGGACCGCUCAGGUAGAUUUUGUGACAUUUAUUGUGCAGUCAUACUUCGAUACUCUUUUGCGUUACGCAGUAACAUUCUGUGGAGCAGUUGUUUUGAAAGUUAUGGACACUCGUUAAGCGCAGAUGAGGUUAUAAGGUGCGUUUAACUGUGUAUAUAUAAUCACUUGGAGAGUUUGCCAGACACGAGUUCACAAAUCUUUGAUUUAUAUUGGAAACCUUGCCAGACGCUCUUUCUCUCUCUUUGACCGGAAUAAGACUCAGCCCCAAACAAGCAACACGAGUGAACAAAGGCUAGCUUAUCACUGGCAGAACGAUGGACGUUACAGAAAUUCGCCGGCAAUCAAAUUCUGUGCUGACUUAUUCCCUCCUCACAGAUGUCCUUCCGUUAUAAAGUUUCAAAUAAGACUAUAUAGAAUGCGUGAGCGUGAAUCGAUCAAACGUCCUUUUAAUUUCUCAGGGUUAUUAGUUUCCGGCGAAUAAAAUGAACUGAAUGUAAAAAGUGAAAGAGAAAUAGCGAAAAAUUCAACUAUUCUCGAAACUGAGAAUGUUUUGAUCAAAGCUGUCUAAAUCGAGCUGAAACUGUGCAUGGAACCUUGCGUUUCCUGUAUUUCUCUCACCUAUUGUAUGGAAUAUGUGUGAAAAUCUUCAUUAUGAAUCGGUAUAUUUCAAAGAGCUACACAACGAGCAAGAAUACUAUUGACCGACAAUAUAUACGGAACGGGGGCAGCUGUAGUGUCAACUAUUACUAGUAUAAGUAAUGUAUCAGGAUGUGCGAUGUUUGAGUGUUUCCGUGGAUUUAAUCCGUGGAAUGACGGCUGUGUGAAACUGUUAGAGAUGUCUAAUUUGAAGAUACUUGAUAAAUGUCUUUUUUUUUUAAUUUCUUUAGAAUUUUGCUUUAAGUAAAGGUGUUCUAUUUAUUUAUUGUUUUUUUUACUAAUUAACAUGACCCGCUUAAUACGGACACCCCGUUAAUACGGACACUUUCGAUGAUCGCUUCAGUGUCCGUAUUAAACGCCGCUUGUACGCCAUUUUGAAUUUCGAGCCGUUUGCUAUCUAGGCAAAAUUGAACUAUUUUAAUAGUUUAUACAAAAACAUGAUACAAUUACGCAUUUUGAUUGUUUGAAGGACUACAGCCUGUUGAUAUAAAUUAUUAAAUUAAGGUAAAGUCAAACAUUUAAUUUCGUUUACUAUUGUUUAACAGCACACGUUUCAUGACAUCGAUGAAGAGCAUACGGAAGGUACAAUAAAUCCUUUAACCUUUAUUCUUGAUAUGUUUUUUUUCAUAACUUUAAGUCCAAUUUUUGCAAUAGUAAACUGCCUGAUAACAUUCGAUCAAGCAAUAUGUUUUAUGUAUUCUUGUAUUUCUCCAUCCUCACAGACCAGAGAGACCCAGCGGCAGAUAUAAUAGUGCUGGCGAGGGAAAGAAUAAACGUUUGGACUUCCCCUCGCCACCACUAUAUACCUCUGGGUCUCCGAGGAUGUCUUUGGAUAGCCGUGAACGGGAAUUAUUUUUAUUCACUUUUGCCCAAGAAGCCUCAUUUCCAGGCAAAUAUAUCAUCAAAUCAAUGGUUGCUCGCAUUUUCCACUUUUCACUACGGCUGAUUAUGAAGAAUUGCUCGAGAGAAUAAUAACAAAUUUAAUUUUAAACAUAGUCCGCCGGGGAGCGUAGGGACGUUUUUCUUAACCCUUGACGAGGGAUUUUGACAAUUUAAAGCACCCUCUUUAAUUUCUGGCAGGGUAGUUCGUGGUUUCAAAUGCGGUAUAUGUUUUGAGUUGUGGCUAUAUUUUUAAGAUUUGACAACAGUGAAAAUGAAUUUAACAUUGCGAUUAUGCGAUUAUGGCAAGACGGUCAAAGGCUCUGCUACACCUAGAUUUCGACUGUAUCUCCCCUCAAACAUUAACCAGAAGGGAGGAAGAUUUUAAGGAUAAUUAGUGUUAAUAAUUAGUCGAUACUAGAGCACCACCUUGUACUUUAGAAUUUUAAGCUUUUAUCGUUUUAGACUUGUAAGUAGUAAGUAGCUAUAUGAUUUUAGCUGGUGUAUAUCCUAUUUAUUUUCUAAUUCAUUAGUUAUCUUAUUUAAUUAUUUAGACACGACCCCACAAGCGAAGCGUCGCUUUAAAUACUUAUCGUGUAUAAAUAACGAUUAUUGAUUGAUUGAUUGAUUGAACAUGAAAGCGAGGCUGAAAGAUGAGACUAAGCAAAUUCUAAGAAAUGCACUCCACAAGAAAACUGACAUGCUCAUGUAUCUCCUUAGACUUCUCCAACAUACUUACAACAAAAGCACCGCCGUUUCAAUAAGGGGCGAUAUUAUAAAACCCGUUGUUCUUCUGAGAUGUAACACAAUAUUAAUGGAACAACUAAAACAAAAAAUUUUGUUUUUUUGUUUUUUCUUUGCCUGACAAUGGAUCCUUAAACAAGGAAAACACUCGUUAUCAUCCAUAAAAGACUUUGAAGGUUGUAUCAUCCGUUGAACAAAGAUAUCGUGUCACAUCUCAGAAGAAGUACGGUAUUUAUCAUAUCACUCCUUAUUAAAACUACGGUGCUAAUCUGUUGAAAGUAUGUUGGAGAAGUCUUAGGAGAUACACGAGCAUGUUAGUUUUCUUGUGAAGUGCGUUUCUUGGAAUGUAUUUAGUCUCAACUUUCAGCCUCGCUUUCAUGUUAAAUUCAUUUUCACUGUGAAACGUUUGAGCCCAGGAGUCAUUUAAAAAGUAGUGUAGGUUGAGCUUGAUCGUCCGGGUGAACAUAGUGCUGAAUAGGACUGUUAACGUUGUUGUUGAUAAUGACUGACGUUUCGACAACCUGUGCGGUAGUCAUCUUCAGAGUCAAAGUGAGUUGUAUCACGUCAGUUAACGGUUUUAUACUCUGCUUAUAGAUCUGAUUGGUCAAUUACGGCGCGAUAUGUUAUUGGUCGUCUGUCAGUUAAACCGUGAUGUUAUUAUUUAAUUGGCUAUGAAGACUCGUAAUGAGUAAUUGGAGCGUUUCGAUCCGUCUAUUGUCACAGUUUAACAGUCGUCUAUUGUUAGUCAAAUUGUCAGUUCUCAAGUCGAGCGUUCUCUCGUAGUUAGUUUUGCUUGAUCUCAUCAAUGAGUCGUCUCUACCGUGCUGGUAACUGUUGGUUACGAUUCAAUGGCGUUUGUUCUAAGUUAGUAAACCAGCUUUCUAAAGAAAGUCGUUGAUAGUAGUCUUUAGAAUACGCUAUACAUGUCGCAGAGUCCCAGUCGAUUUGGUGUUCCGUCUGUAAAUGGUGCUCAGCAAUGUGAUUGUUGACGUCACCAUUUUCUCGCCGCUCGGUUGUGUUCGGUCAGUCGUUUGCUAAGGUUUUCUGCCGGUUUCACAAAUGUAAGUAGCCUGCAGCAUUUGAUCUUGUAUAGUCUGCUCCCUGUCUGUCAUCCAAUUUGUCUUCAGUAAGUCGUCGUAAAGUGGUUAUCGGUUUGUGUGCAACACGUAUAUUGUAAGGUUGUAGUUUCAGAGGUGCCUCUGAUGUACGGUAUAGUCGCGGUUGUCGUAACAGAGCCAGAGUUGACGUUGGUCUGAGUGUUGGAUUCAGUGUUACUGUGAGUGUUCCGUCUAACAAAGUCCGCGCUGCAAUUGUUCUCACUAAAAACGUUGUUUAGGUAGUCAGUCUAUAUAGUAGCAGUCUUAUCAGAUGCCCAGUUGUACGAUGACUGGUAUAUUAAUCGGUCGGUAUGACUGUGACCAGUCAUCGUAGAACUCUUGCACGCAAACCGAACUGUUGUCACUGUUGUCAUGUUUUAAAAAUAUAGCUUUAAAUCAAAAUGUAUACCUCUGUUUGAAACCACGAACUACCUACACCCCAAAAAGGGUGCUUUAAACAUCAAAGUCCAUCGCCAAGCCUCUUCCGUCCUCUAAGUUGAGCAAAACGUCCCUAGCUCCAGGACUAUAUGAUACAAACUUCUUUCCUUAGUUUCUUGCUUCGAUAAUCCCAUUGGUGUAGCUGACUCUGAAAUUAUCCCUAACGACCAAAUGACUGCUUCAACAAGGUAUUCUGGUCAUCCUGCUUAUCACGGUAGACUUCAUUACCCUAACAGUGCCUGGUGUGCAAAAGACAGUGCCGAAGAUGAAGAUUGGCUUCAAAUUGAUCUGGGAACCACAUAUGAAAUAUGUGGGGCUGCUACCCAAGGAACUGGAAACCAGAAAUACAACGAAUACGUAACGAAAUUCAAAUUGUCUUACUCCUCUGAUGGAAGCAGCUGGACUAUGUAUACUGGUACUGGAGGCUCAGAAACGGUAGGAAGCCAGAAAGUUAUAUAA